UCGUCAGUCGUCUCGCGUCUGCUCAGCUUUACGGAGAAAAGCGACUCGCUCGAUGGGUGCGCAAACCUAACCUUAAAACAUACAGCAGAGCCGCACCCGGGGGGCUCUUUUCUCUUCGCGUUGGCAGUCGUGUUGGUAUAUUUAAUUUUUUUCUUUGCCAUUCCUAUGGAUCGCGAGGAGGAACACGUUUGAGAAAGGGAGGCAACGAUGUCGACGGCACUAUUGGCAAUUUUCGCUGUGAUCCUGAUUAUUCUAUUCAGGAUUCUUAAUGUCAACAGCGCACCACAGAAACCACAGCUUAUAUGCAAGGAUCAAGCGUUCCUAUCCACCAUUCUCAAGAUCGCACCUGUCAUUUCCGAGCCAUACAAGCCAACGAGAUUAUGGGGAUUCAGCGGACACGUGCAAACAAUUGUCCACAGUAUAAUUGGAAGAGUGCGCUGCCCGUGGCCUAUCGGUGAGCGAGUCUACAUUUCUUUGCCUGACGAGACGACGCUCACUUACGAUUUGUAUCAGCCCUUGAGCACCGGACACGAAGAUGACGUGACAAUAGCCAUUUGUCCUGGAAUCGGAAACAGCUCGGAGAGCGUCUAUAUCAGGACGUUCGUGCACUUCGUGCAAUGUCACGGCUACAGGUGCGCGGUUCUCAACCACGUUGGUGCCUUGUCUAGCGUCAAAGUCACGUCUCCAAGGAUUUUCACUUACGGCCACACGGACGACUAUCACACCAUGAUCAAGAACCUGCUAGAGAAACACUCAAGCACAAAAAUCGUAUGCGUUGGAUUUAGUCUGGGCGGUAACUUGGUUACCAAAUACAUGGGCGAGCAUGGCAUCAAUAAGCUUCCUAAUAUCAUUGGGGGCAUUUCGAUUUGCCAAGGCUACAAUGCCAUCGAGGGCACAAAUUAUUUGUUGAACUGGACUAACUUCAGACGCUUCUACCUCUACGUGAUGACGGAGUCGGUGAAGAAUAUUAUUUUAAGGCAUAAGUCCGUUUUACUAUCAGAAGAUGUCAAGCAAAGGUAUAAUCUUAACGAAAAGGACAUAGUUUCUGCAGCUACAUUACCUGAAUUAGACGAAGCUUAUACGAGAAGAGUUCAUAAAUUUAAAUCAGUCAAAGAACUGUAUGAAUGGAGCAGUUGUGCAUUUUACCUAACAAACAUUGCAGCUCCAAUGGUGUUUAUCAAUGCUGUUGACGAUCCUAUAGUUCCAGAUAAAUUGCUUUCACCAAUUAAAGAGUUAGCAACAACAAAAAAUAAUACUCUAUAUAUUGAGUUAGCACACGGCGGACACUUGGGCUUCUACGAGGGUGGACUUCUUUACCCGAAUCCCAUCACAUGGUUAGAUCGCACUCUUGUCGCACUCGUCGGUUCGUUGACUCUAGCGAAUUCUGAUCGCGCCCUCAAGGCCUUCUAAAACACGACUGCGGAUUGAUGUAUUUUUUGCCUGUUUCUCGUGCUGUAGAGCAUGGAGUAUACUUUUGCAUUUAAAUAUGUAUGCACAAGAACUCGGUAAAAAUCUCAUUUUCUCGUAGCAGGGCUUUUUGUACUAUGAGAUUUUUUGAAGCACUUUACCGAGGCAAACAAGAAUACGUGUGCAGAUAAUUUUUAAAAAAGAAAAAGGAAAAACGCUCAAGCGUCCACUAUGCGCUUUAGAAUGUUAUAUUUAAAAUCGUAUGCGUGUUUUUUGUCAGUAUUUUGGGAUGCACAUCAAGUGUUAGGAGAAAAAAUAUUUUUAAGCGUUUGAUGGUUGUACUACUUUCGAGACGCUAAUCAUUUCGCUAGCGAGAUGAUAUAUUAGCGAUUGCUGUGUGCCACAAUUGUUAAUGUGUAUGUUGAGCGAAAUUUUUAACGUGUCUGCUUGUGAUUUUUUCAGAGUGUUUCUUAAUAAUUUGGCAGCGGUGUUUCACAAUGUCAGGAAUAAAAUUUAGAAAAAUUUAAACACAAAAAUAAUAAAAUUUAACUAAUGACUAAUAAUAAAUUGCUUUAUACAGUAAUAAAAAUGACAUACAUUUGUAAGUAUUUAAUACCUGGCAAAGUGAGACUUCAAAGUUUUCAAGUUUAUCUGUUGUGAUUGUAUCUGCGCUUGCGUACUUACAGAAGCAUAGAUAAAAUGUCAGCGAUACGAUAUAACUAUUACUUUGUAUGUAUUGUACACAUGUAAUUUUUUUGAUGUUGAACUAUAGUCAUGUAAGAUGAUGAAUUAUUCGCAAACCAUUCCCCCAUGGUGCUUUUUCGAUUGGUAAUUUAUAUUAUAGGUUAGCUGAAUGGUCCAUGGAUCGAUAAAUUAUGUAUGAGGAUCAAUGGUAGAUCUAAAAUCUCCGUUAAAAAUAUUGCUAAAUUAACCCUAAACAAAUUGCGAAUCACGAGGAAAAAUUGAUGUUCAAUGUUUAAAUGUGCAGAACUUUUUGAAUUAGCGUUGAAGUUUUAAAACUGAUGUGUUGACGUUUCGCAGUUUUUAAACUGAAAUCGAAACUAUUCAAGAGAUCUUUAACAGUUACGGAAGAUAAAAUUUCUCUCAGGGUACUUUGUAAAACUUAUUAAUACAUUAAAUUAUUUGUUCGGUAAAAGUAUAUAUUUUUUCAAGAUACGAAAAAAAAAAUUAAUAAGUUAAAGCGAGCCUGCGGCUGGCUAUAGUGAACGGGAUAUAAUUACGUUACGAAUACAUGAUGGACAAUAUUAAGCGAGCAGAGUUUAAGAUUAUUGAAUUCAAUGACAUAUGCAUUCAGAUGAUGGAUCGUUGAUGGAUUAUUUAAUAAAUUUUAUAUUCAGAAUUCAAUUUGCUUUCAAAUAGUAUUUUAUUCUUCUAAAUUUCAUCAAAUGGAUGAUUUAUUUGCGUUAAUUGAUUUGACUCUGAUUUCUUAAGUACUGGUAUCUUAAGAGUGAAUGAUAGAUCCACAAAAUGCAAACCUUAGUUUUUGCAUAGAUUUUAUUUAACUUGUAGCGACAACGACGGCGACGCAGUUUUAUGCGUAUAAGUCAUAGUUUUCGCAAUUUAUUACGAGUAAAGCACCUUUAGUUUGUUUUCUGUUCAUUUAAAUUGCGUAGCUUGACGAAAGUGAAAAUCGUGUGAUUUUCACAUAGUGUAACUUUUUAUGUUUGUAGGGGAAAAAAGCAACCAAAGGUCUGAUGAAGCCUUGUAUGAUAAAAAUAAUUUAUAUAUUUAUAUGCCAGUAUAGAGAGUUAAAUAAAAUUUUGUAUUGUUUGAUAUUUUCAAUGAAAAAAAAAGUUCAGAUGGCUCAAACGCCAGGGAUCAUUUCUUUAAACGCAGCAAUAAGCUCUAUAUGGUGUAUAUUUUUCAAAAUUAUUACGUUGCGAGAACAUACAAAAAAAGUAACUUCCAAUUGUUACAUUAAAUGUUCAGGAUCAAUGUAUUUAGUGAGCGUCAAUUACGUUUAUUGGAUACACGCGAACAACAUGUACACAUGAAUUUUUUUAACUGUGCUCACGUACAAUAUCAAGUCACAGUUCGAUUUGCUUCAAUGUUUGUUCACUUUGACGAGCAUUCUUGCUUGUAACGUCAACCAUUCACAAAUAUUUUUAAGCGAAUAAAGAAACAAUGGCGGAUAAAAAUGAAUCACAUUGUUUUUUCAUUUCAACAUUUUCCUAUCUUUCAUUAUUUCUUUAUUUUUAUAUCACAAUUUUCACAAAAUAUGAUAGAUAAAAAUUUAUUUGAAAAUUAGUUAUUUUUAAAAGGAAGCAUUCAACGAAGUAAUGGCUUAUAAAAUUUAUCAAUAUUUUUAUCAAAAAGAUAGAUACGUAAUGUAAUGACGUGUAAAAAAGUUGAACUGAUUUUAGCUUAACAUACUAUUUAGUUUUACAAAAUUAAAAUCGA